AGCUUCUCCGAUUAGGGUUUUUAUUUUUUAAGCAGAGGACGGACAUUGAGCAGCCAAACCACCAGCAGCAACAGCCAUGGUCCUCAAGACGGAACUUUGCCGCUUUAGUGGCGCCAAGAUCUACCCUGGGAAGGGCAUCAGAUUCGUUCGUGGUGAUUCUCAGGUCUUUCUGUUUUCAAACUCGAAAUGCAAAAGGUAUUUCCACAAUCGUUUGAAGCCAUCAAAGCUCACAUGGACUGCCAUGUAUAGGAAGCAACACAAAAAGGACAUUGCUCAAGAAGCUGUGAAGAAGAAGCGUCGUGCUACCAGGAAGCCAUACUCUAGGUCAAUUGUUGGUGCUACCUUGGAAGUUAUCCAGAAGAGAAGAACCGAGAAGCCUGAAGUUAGAGAUGCAGCAAGGGAAGCUGCUCUUCGUGAAAUUAAAGAGAGGAUCAAGAAGACAAAAGAUGAGAAAAAGGCUAUGAAGGCAGAGGUAUCGGCUAAGCAACAAAAGGCACAGGGCAAAGGCCAUGUUACAAAGGUUGCUGCACCGAAAGGUCCCAAACUUGGUGGAGGAGGUGGCAAACGCUGAGUUUCUAGUUUUGUACCUUUUUGGAUACCGUUUAAAUAGAGUUGUUUUGAAGCUUCUGUAGUGAUACUGUAUUUGCUUUCUUCAUUAAUCGUUUCUUAUCAUGCUAUUUGAUCAAACGUAAUCUUGAAACUUGAGUAACUUGUUAUUGAGUGGAUUACCCCACCCAUUAUAUCGUUAUGUUAUACUCGAAACAACCUCUAUAUUUGUUAUUUUUCUUUAAAUUUAAGUUUGGUUAUUGCAUA